AUGAUGUACGGAGCCCCACCCGCCCCUUCAAAGGACCAACUCGCCUUGCAGGAACGCAUGGCACAGGCGGAGGUGUCGUUUGCAUUGGGGUUGUGUGCGAUACUGUAUAUCUCGCCGCACGCGAUCGAGUAUUUCACGAAGCUGUUCUGA